GUAGAGAGCAGCUCUGAAGAUGUCCGGUCGCGGGAAAGGUGGUAAAGGUUUGGGGAAAGGCGGUGCGAAGAGGCAUCGCAAAGUGCUUCGCGAUAACAUCCAGGGCAUCACCAAGCCCGCCAUUCGUCGCCUGGCUCGCCGCGGGGGAGUGAAGCGUAUUUCGGGGCUUAUCUACGAGGAGACCCGCGGGGUCCUCAAGGUUUUCCUCGAGAACGUUAUUCGGGACGCGGUGACGUACACCGAGCAUGCGAAGAGGAAGACGGUGACGGCCAUGGAUGUGGUCUAUGCCCUGAAACGCCAAGGCCGUACCCUUUACGGAUUCGGGGGCUAAAGACUUAAACAA